AUGUCAGCACUUUACAAUGGCGGAGCCUACGGCGCGGUUGCUAUCGAUCAAGAGGACCAAGGGCCAAAAGUGACGGUGCGCAAGGUCGGCUCAGACAAGGUCGAUUUCGUCCUCCAGUCCUGCAGCCUUGGUUUCGCCAACGCAGUCCGUCGCGCUGUCAUCGCCGAGAUUCCAACCGUUGCUAUCGACCUCGUCGAUAUCAACACCAACUCAUCCGUCCUCCCCGACGAAUUCCUCGCGCACAGACUCGGCUUGAUCCCUUUACACAGCAGGGGCGUCGCGGACAAUCUCAACUACACACGCAAUUGCGAGUAUUGCGACGAUCAUUGCGACCGAUGCUCAGUAACACUUCGUCUCCGCGCAAAGUGCACCGAUGAACACAAUAUCUUGAAGGUCUUCGCCUCUCAUCUAACAAGAGUAGACGAUCGAGCUGACAGCAUCGGUCAACCUGUCAUUCGCGACCCCAACGGCGAAGGGCCUCUCAUCCUCAAGCUCCGUCACAAUCAAGAGAUUGACUUUACUUGCAUCGCGAAGAAGGGUCUCGCGAAAGAGCAUGCCAAGUGGGCACCUACAGCUGCUGUCGGCUUCGAAUACGAUCCAUUGAACAAACUGAAGCACACAUCAUACUGGUUCGAGAAAGACCCAAUCGAGGAAUGGCCAGUGGAUAAAGUCAACGCAGAGUGGGAAGACGCCGACGAGCAAGCCGAUGUAGCCAAUAAUCCUGACGCCCAACCUAGUGCCUUCUUCUUUGACCUGGAGGGUGUGGGCGUGUUGGAGCCCGACGAGAUCGUUGAAGGCGGAGUUAAGGCUUUACAGCUGAAACUCACAGAGAUCCUCCAGUCACUGAACCCUGGCCAAGAUGGCGUAAAUGGAAUGAACGGCGUUGACGCCGGGGACGAUUAUGAGCCAAUGGACCAACAACCAUACGACGCUGGGGGAUACGGAGGAUAUGGAGCGACUGGAGGCUACGGUGCGUAUCAAUCAGGAUAUUAA